UCCUCCGUCCGAGCCUCCGGUUAGUUUUAAAGAAGAGCAGCAGAGCGACACCAUGAACCAAGUGGAUUCUGUCCAGCAGCAGCGGACUGGAAGUGUGUGUUUGGAGGAGAAAGUGCAGAAGAAACGCCUCCAUCAUCCGAAGGACGUCGUUCUGAAGCAAACCUCCGUGUUCCCUACAGAUGUGCAGAAGGUGUUGGUGAUUAAAGAAGAAGUCCCCUAUGAAUGGAGCUUCACUCUGGACCAACAAAACCCAGAAACCCUCAACAUAAAGGAGGAACAGGAGGAACUGUGGACCAGUCAGGGGGAGACUGAUAUCACCAGGCUUUCAUUCACUGCUGUUCCAGUGAAGAGUGAAGAUGAUGACGAAGAGAAGCCUCUGUCUUUACAGCUUCAUCAGAGCCAAAACAAAGACAACAAGGAGGCAACCAGCAGCUCAGCUAAACAAAUUAAAACAGAAAGUGAUGGAGAGGACUGUGAAGGACCAGAACAAGCUAAAAACCCAAAUCCAAGUACUUAUUUACAACCAUUUACUAAUGGAAAGUGUUCAGAUUGGUCUGAGAUCGAAGUCAGUAUUGAUGAUUGUGAUGAAGAUGAGGAUGAGUGGCAGGAGCCUUUGUCAGACUCUGGACCUGAAAAUGAAGACGGUGACAAAGAAUGGAAGGAGGCCAGGGCAACUAAAUUAUGUGUUAAUGCUGGAUCUAAGACUGGGAAAAAACCCUUUAGCUGCUCUGAGUGUGAUAAACAAUUUCUCUACAAGCAGUCUCUUCAGAGACACAUGACAUGUCAUUCAGGAACAAGGACAACGAGCAGUGUGAUUGUAAAAAAUGAUUCAGAGGUGGGAGUUCAAGAACAAGAGAAACUAUUUAGCUGUAAUGUUUGUGGUCAAAGAUUUAGCCAACAGGGAACGCUGACAAGACACAUGGUAGUUCACACGGGAGAGAAACCAUUUAGCUGUGACGUCUGUGGUAAAAGCUUUAGUCAGCAGGGAACUCUGAAGUCACACAUGACAAUUCACACAGGAGAGAAACCCUUCGGCUGUGAUGUUUGUAGUAAAACAUUUAGUCAACAAAAAACACUGAAGUCACACAUGACUGUUCACACAGGAGAGAAACCAUUUAGCUGUGAUAUUUGUGGAAAAAGAUUCAGUCAACAUGGAACUCUAAAGCGACACAGUAGGGCUCACACGGAAGAUAAACCCUUUGGCUGUAAUAUUUGUGGUAAAAGAUUUAGGCAUCAUUGCAAUCUAAAGUCACAUAUGACAGUUCACAUAGGAGAGAAACUGUUUGGCUGUGAUGAAUGUGGUAAAAGAUUUAGACAUCAUUGCAGUCUGAAGUUGCAUAUGACGGACCAUACAGGAGAAAAACCAUUUACCUGUGAUGUUUGUGGUAAAAGAUUUAGCCAACAGGGACACUUGAAGAGACACAGUGUAGCUCACACAGGAGAGAAACCAUUUGGCUGUGAUGUUUGUGGUCAAAGAUUUAGUCAACAGGGGUCGCUAAAGUCACACAUGACAGUUCACACAGGGGAGAAACCAUUUAUCUGUGAUGACUGUGGUAAAACAUUCAGACAGCAGGGAACUCUGAAAGCACACAUGAUAGUUCACACCGGGGAGAAACCAUUUGGCUGUGACUUUUGUGGUAAAAGAUUUAGCCAACAGCUAACGUUGAAAAGACACAUGGGAGUUCACACAGGAGAGAAACCUUUCAGUUGCAACACGUGCGGUAAAAGUUUUCGACUUUUGCACGUCCUUCAAACACACAUGCGAGUUCACACAGGAGAGAAACCAUUUGGUUGUAACGACUGUGGGAAAAGAUUUAAGCAAAAGUCGCAGCUUCAAACACAUAUGAGUAUUCAUACCGGAGAGAAACCAUUUGACUGUAAGGUUUGUGGUGCAAAAUUUUCACAGCAGGGAAGUCUGACGAGACACAUGAAAGCCCACACCGAAUAGAAACUGUGUGGAAGUGUGUCAAGAACCACAGUACUGUAUUGUUUCAUUGGGUUCAUUUUAAUGCUUCUCUUUUGCAUACAGAUUUUACCACAGAGAGAUUGUUUAUGCAAGUCUGAACACUUUAUCUCACUGAACAUACUGAUCAUCAUGCUGCAAUAUGUAACACUGAUUCUUUUGCUGUAGCCUGUAUUCUACAUCUUUACAUCAGUGCCUUCUAGUCAGUUUCUUUAGUUUCAAUUGGAUGAAGAUAAUAAGCCACUGAUUGCACUGUCAUUGUAAACAUGUUAGCAUUUUAGCUACUGCAUUUAGCUCAAAGUUGUGUCAUAUGUAAUUCUGCUAUGUUGUCACGUUUUUUCUGUGUUUGGAUUUCAAGGCAGUCGUCAACAACUUUUAUUGUGAAAUCUCGAUAACACAGAUGGUCUGUCUGUAUGGUUUUUAUUUAUUGCGUAUCAGGCAAUGUGUGUCUUUAAAAUGAGCUUUUUAUGCUCUAUGAAGUCAGAGCAUAUUCACAGUGAUCCAGUCAUAUGAAACCCUGGGUUGUUCCUCUACAGACUGUAAUGUUAGUGUACAGUUAAAGAAACUGUAGUAUUACUGCAAAGCAAGACAUUUUUCAAUCGCUUCAAAGUAACAUCACUUGAAAUCCGCCAUAAUGAGUCAUUGACUAUCUAAGAGAAGAAGAAAACAAAAAACUGUUUCUGCUACAAUUAAAUCUGAACUCCAA